CGCACCAGCAACCAGGUAGUCGGUGUGAGUGGCUGUGUGCCUCUCAACGACGGCAGUCCAGGAGACGAACCCCUCGAGGUAGGACGUUUACGAACUGACUGAGCCAGUGAGACAGGAGAGCGCCAUGCCAGCUUCGUCACUCUGCCGUACGGCCGUGAUUGCCUAGGAUUUUCAGCCUCUCCAGGCCGCCGCAAUGUGGCCUGGAGUACUGCCGCUCCUGGUGGUACUGACAGUCCUGCUACAUCCAUCACGAUGUGCGCAGGCCAAGGUGAACUUUCGGGAGAAGGAGAAACAGGUCCUGGACAGCAUCCUGGGCCCGGGACGUUACGACGCGCGUAUUCGUCCCAGCGGAGAGAACGGAACAGAUGGACCCGCGGUUGUCCACGUCAACAUAUUUGUUCGAAGUAUCUCAAAAAUAGAUGACGUUACCAUGGAAUAUUCCGUGCAAUUGACAUUCCGGGAACAAUGGGUGGACGAGAGAUUACGGUUCAAUGACUUCGGAGGACGGUUAAAAUAUCUUACGUUAACAGAAGCAAGUCGAGUAUGGAUGCCUGAUCUUUUCUUUGCCAAUGAGAAGGAAGGUCAUUUUCACGAAAUCAUUAUGCCAAACGUAUACAUACGUAUCUUCCCUCACGGUUCUGUUCUCUACAGCAUACGGAUAUCACUCACUCUCUCGUGUCCGAUGGAUCUGAAACUUUAUCCCCUGGAUCGACAAACUUGUUCACUGCGAAUGGCCAGCUACGGAUGGACGACCGACGACCUGGUUUUCCUCUGGAAAGAGGGUGACCCCGUCCAGGUUGUCAAGAACUUACACCUACCCAGAUUUACGCUCGAGAGAUUUCUAACAGAUUACUGCAACAGUAAGACAAAUACCGGCGAGUACAGUUGUCUCAAGGUAGAUCUACUCUUCAAAAGAGAGUUCAGUUAUUAUCUCAUUCAGAUCUACAUCCCCUGCUGCAUGCUGGUCAUCGUAUCCUGGGUGUCCUUCUGGCUAGAUCAGAGUGCAGUACCAGCUCGAGUUUCUCUAGGAGUGACUACGCUAUUGACAAUGGCCACACAGACUUCUGGAAUAAACGCUUCACUGCCACCAGUCUCCUACACAAAGGCCAUUGACGUAUGGACGGGGGUGUGUUUGACGUUCGUCUUUGGCGCACUUCUGGAGUUUGCAUUGGUCAACUACGCAUCGCGUAGCGACAUGCAUCGUGAGAAUAUGAAGAAGAAAUAUCGUGAAAUAGAGCCCUCGGCAUCUGUCGAGCCAGCUGCUGAGCUGAUCGAGCCGGAUGGAACGACGAAUUUCGCUAUGAAGCCUCUGGUAAGACACCAGGAGGAUGCGAUGUCGUUGGAUAAGAUGCGGCAGUGCGAGAUACACAUGCAGUCGCCGCCAAAAAACUGCUGCAGGUCGUGGCUGUCCAAGUUCCCGACGAGGUCCAAGCGCAUCGACGUCAUCUCUCGGAUCACCUUCCCCCUAGUAUUCGCUCUGUUCAACCUCGCGUACUGGUCCACGUACCUGUGCCGAAAGGAAGGGGAGGACGAGUGAAUCUCGAUGAGGAAGCGCUCGGACCAAGGGACGUGGCUCGCGGCCAUCCCCAUUACUCCCACACUCGUCAUCGCUCGCGGCCUCACAAUCGACAUCAUCACCACCAUCGUCAUCGGCAUCAGCCUCGAUCACCCUCGUCGUCCUCUUCCC